UUAUUAAAUCUCACACUCUAACUGGAUCCCUGGUUACCAGCUUGCCGCCCCGAGUUAUAAUCCGUUAAUUCUGCCCGAGGGGGGGAUCCUUUGGUGGCAGAGCUCAUCUGCGAAGGGGAAGGUAGGUGGUCGGAUGCAAAGUUGAGUAUGUGGUUUGACCCUUCGACGUGCGCAGCCAUUAAGUCUAUACCUCUUCCGCGGCGGAAUAUUGCUGACAAGCUCAUUUGGCAUAACACGGCAGAUGGAGUUUUCUCGGUUAAGUCCGCUUAUCAUUUGGCGGUGGAUCUAGACAGGAGGAGGGGGGGGGGGGUGGAGGGAGGCAGUUAGUUGGAUGGAUAAAAAAAGCUGGAUCAGGAUCUGGGAAGCUAAGAUACCCCCGAAAUUGAAGGUUUUAUAUGGCAAAUUUGUAACCGGAUUCUUCCUACUAUGGAGGUGCUUAUCGAGAGAAAGGUGCCAGGUUUGCCCCGUUGUCCAGUCUGCUGGAAUGGCCCGGAAACGAUGGAACAUUUGUUUCUGUACUGCCCGGUUGCGCGGGCUAUUUGGGACCAUUCUGGGCUCGAUUAUCUGGGAGAGGGUUUGCCCCGUCAUACUUUCCCUUUGUUUCUUAAGCGGUUAUUGGCAUUGAUCCACCAGCCCUCGCUAGUGAUGGCAGUGGUUGCAGUCCUUUGGCGGAUCUGGAGAUCUCGGAACUGGGUGGUCUUUGAAGGCAAGCAGUUUGGGAUUCCAGCCCUUAUGCGACAAUUCCAUCAGCAGUAUGAGGAGUGGAUGGCUUUGCCGGUGGAUGGGCGGCCUCCUGGCAGAGAUCGGGUGGUGCCGGCGGAGGUAGACGUGGGAGAUUUCCGGCGGAUCUGUCGUUGGGAUGGGGCUACUAAGGGUGGGUCGCAUGCGGCCGGUGGGAUGGUUCUUCUCACUUCUGAUAAUAUGCUGCUUCGGGCUAAAGGGAUUCAGUUUCCCUCGGUGGAGGAGCCGACGCUGGUGGAGUUGCUUACGUUCCGGGAGGCUAUUACUUGGUGUUUGGAUAGUGGGUUGACGGAGGUCCGGUUCGAGGGAGAUGCUAAGGUGCUUAUUGAUAAAAUCAACCAGGGUGACAAUAGGGAGAGUCGGUUGGGUGCGAUCUUGGAGGAGAUUGGUCUUUUGUUGGGUGCCCAGCCGGGUUUUAGUGUGCGAUUUAUAGGACGGGAGAACAAUAGGGUAGCUCAUGUAGUAGCUAGAAAGGCCCUCUCUUUGUCUCCUUCUAUGUAUCGUCUGUUUGAUUUCAGGGCCUGGCUGGUUUCCAGGAUGUAACUAUUUUUUAUGAUCAAUAUAUGAUAUCUUUUAAAAAAAAAAAAAAUUACACUCAUCGUCUUUAAUAUACCAAAACCACAUAAAUUUGUUACAACAGCUCAAGUAGAAUUAGGAACAAACAUAACUUCAGUUU